CUUGCGUCAUUCGGCUUCCGGUGGAAAUAUGAACCAUGCAGCGGUGUAGUUGUCAUUCACUUUAACGUGUCGCAGUAGUCAUGUCAACUCCACAGAAGGAGUCCUGUCUUAUUGACAGGGCUCUGAGGAUGAAGAAGGAGGAGCAGGCUCGCCAAGAGGUUCUGGCCUGGGCUGUCCUGAACGUCACCCUGGCUGGAAUGGUUUACAUAGAAAUGUCAGGGAAGCUCCUGAGUCGGUACUACAACAUCAAAUACUGGCCCAUCUGGUACAUAGAACUGGCUCUGGUGUUGGUCUUCAGCCUCAACUCUCUGUUUGAUUUCUGGAGAUACUUCAAGUACACCAUGUCUCCGUCCACCAUCGCUGUGUCCCCUCAGCAGCACCAGCUCCUUGGCCUCAGAAACACAAGUAUUAAGGCAUCACCACCUCUGAAGCCAGAGAAGAAAGAGACCCCAGCCCCAGACCUGUCUACCCCCCUGCAGGGUCAGAGUGUCCUCAGCUUCAGUCCAUCCCGUUCAGCCUCCACCAGCCCAAAGUUUUCCCCCAGCUGUGUAACAGGGUACAGUCCGUCCUCCCCCAGCUGUGCUGGAGGAGCCUACUCUCCUUCUGUGGCUCUUGGGAAGGUAUUGAACUACACCCCUUCGCCCGGCUCCUCCCCUUACCAGAGCAGCUUUGGCACGGCUGACAUGUCCAGUGUGAGAUCCCGGUACCGCACGUCGCCCUCCGUGUUCAAUUCCCCGGGGAGCAAAGAGGACUACAUGCAAGACCUGAAGAGUCUAGAGAGGUUUCUGCGCUUGGAAGAGGAGAAGAGUCACCGCAGCCAACUGGGGAGUCCAGAGUCUGUAUCACCGAACCACAGUCCCACAUUUUGGAACUACAGCCGGUCAGUGGGCGACUAUGCUCAGAGUCUCAGGAAGUUCUUGUACCAGCCGGCCUGCCGCUCUCAGGCGCCCUCAGCCCAUAAGGACGAGACCGAUCUUGGUUCCAAGCAGGCAGCUGAAGAGGUCUGGGCCAGAAUCACGACAAGCCGUCAUGUAGUGGACCGCAUUGACAGCUGGACCGCCAAAUUACGAAACUGGAUCAGCGACACCAUUCUGGUCCCCCUGGUGAAAGAGGUGGAUUCUGUCAACAGCCAGCUGAGGAGGAUGGGAUGUCCUGAGCUGCAGAUUGGAGAGGCCAGUAUCAGUAGCCUCAAGCAGGCAGCCAUCAUGAAGGCCUCGUCCAUUCCCACCUUCAACUCCAUCGUCCAGUAUCUGGAUGUCACGCCCAACCAGGAGUACCUGGUGGAGCGCAUCAGAGAACUUGCCCACAGUGGCUGUAUGAGUUCAUUUCGUUGGAACGCUGGUGGGGAUGUGAAAAGCAGAAAGUGGGACACUGACCUCCCCACUGACUGUGCUAUCCUCAUGCACGUCUUCUGCACAUACUUAGACUCCAGGUUGCCUCCGCACCCCAAAUACCCAGAUGGCAAAACUUUUACAGCGCAGCACUUCAGUCACACACCAGACAAACCAGAUGUGACAAAGGAAAACCUGCUGUGUGUCCACCAGAGCAGCACCAACCCUCCUCACUACCAGCUGGUGUAUCAGGGUCAUGUCUACAGUCUGCCUAAGGGCCGGAACAACCUGUUCCACACUAUCCUCAUGUUCCUGUUUGUCAUCAAGACCAAAGAGUCGGGAAUGUUGGGGAGAGUGAACCUUGGUCUGUCAGGUGUCAACAUCCUCUGGAUCUUGGAGAACUGAUGCAAGAGACUCUGUCAUGUAUCUUAUUUUUGGAACUUUCACUUCAGCUGCCUCGAUCGUUGACUUCUGAGGGUUUUUAGAGCUUGUUCACUUGAAUGUAAAUAAAGUGCUUGUUAUUUUGAGUCACAAAGUGGCUCCGCCCCACAGACCUGUAGUCUGCAGUAUGACCACUGGACCAGUCAAGUGUGAGUCAUCCUGUGAUAGACUUUUGUUAAGAUGCCACCUUCUCAACUUUGAGUUACUGGAAUGAAUCAGUGAAAAUUCUCACUCCACCUCUUACUCAGCAGUCGGAUGUGGAGUAGCUGGAGUUGACUCGAGUUUAAAAUGAGGGAAUGAUUGUCUAGGGUUGUUACUUUGACUGUUAGAGUUGAAUAAACUUUUUUUAAAUGUAAAAAGGUAUCAUUGAGCUCUGAAAUAAAUUACUGUCUGUGUCAAUGAAAAAACUUAAUUUUGCAUAUGUCAUGUCAUUUAUAGAUCAUUUUGACUCAAUAGAUGCAUUCAAAUGACUACUAGUAUGACACUUUUUAUUUAUAUAUUUCUAAUGAAAUUUUCAACAUGUAUAGAAAAAAAACCGGAAAAUCUGUAAUACUGUGUUCACUGCCCAACAACGCCAAU